GUUGGUGUGUUCUUUCCAGCCAUGCAUAUAACUCAAUCCUUAAAAUUGUCAACAUCUGACUCAUUUUCACGUAGCAGGUCACAUUUUGUAUCCGUUUAUAUAAUACUUGAAACUUUGCAUAUGAAAGAUUAUUAAUUGAUAUUAUAACUUUGUCCAUGUGUAGCAAUGCAAACAAAAACUAGUAUUAUCAAAGUUAUUUUUCUAUCCAAAUUUGACUACAUGUAGUCUGUGAAAUUGUGUCCAUGGUUACCAAAUGUGCUUUAGUUCUUAAAACAAAAUACACUAUAUUUCGUUAUCGCCUACUGUUUUCAUCAUGAGCACAGAUUUUUUACAUCGCCAGUAAAAUUAUUUUUUACUGGGUAAAAUUUAAGGGCUAGAGUGUUAAAGCAUAAUACUCCAAACAAUAAUGAGCAUCAAAACUUAUUUGAUAAAGUGCACUGGAGAGCUGUUGAUAAAAACAUUGUUAGAAUUGACGCCCUUAAAUGUAGUUUUUAAAUAAGUUUUACCCUAACAUUUUCCAAGGUAUUUGAAAGCGCACAAAAUUGUAUGCAACAAAUUUUUCUUUUUCUGUUAUUUUCUUGCAACUUUGAUGGCCAAUUGAGCAAAAUAUUUACAGACUUAAUAUUUUAUGCCCAUGUUGGGACCAAUUGAGGAUUCUCGUCGCCGUUUACCCAAACUUAUAGUGCCUUUAAAUUAUAUCUUUGCAAUCACAUAAACACAGUUUUGGUUUGAUUCUUGAAUUCAACUUAAACUGAAUUAAUUUGGUGUUUUUACCAUUCAACCAUUCGUUAAAUUUCAAUUUGAUUAUUUAUGAACUUUUCUUUAAAAAGUGCACUUAUAUUAUGUGUAACUGGACAAUUGUUAAAUCUUGUGUUGGUUUACUUUUGUUAAUUGUAUUGAUUCUUGAACUUGUAAUGAAAUUGUGGAAUGAAAUUGUGAAGUGGAGUUAACAAUUUGGUUGGUGUAAUGCAACAAACAGUUAGUUUAAUUUUAUUUCAAAAGCUGAUUUGUUCUCAAUUACACUCACUCACAACUUUAAACUUGGCAAAACCCUGAUUUACCAUUACCCUAGCUAUAGCUCAGUGUUCACUAUUCCUCAACCAAUAGAAAAUCAGGACCGUUAAUGUUACGUGGCGCCCUCUGCAGUUGAAAAAAAAACCUAAUAGUGUGAAAUCAUUCACUUUUAUAACUUAUAUUUCAUGUUUAAAUUCGUUUCAAUGUUCACUAUUUUACCACAUCAAUUAUCCCUUGACCACAAAUUCACUGAUAACAACAAAUAUUUAAACGCACAAAUUCGUUUUGUUAACGAUGAUGAUUUUUUAGUUUGAAAGAAAUUGUUGCAAAAUUUUUAUUCAAAUGUACAUCAUCUACACGUUAAUAAAUAACCAUAAUGGAUUGGUGGUGUAGAUUGGUUUACAAUGUUUGCGAAAUAAUCCCAUUCAGAGAAAUGUUUGAUGAGUCGGGAACCAUACGCAUAUAGUAAAGCGUAGGCAAUGUCAACAAGUGCAUAACGACAAUCACAUGAGUUGCGACAGAAAAACGAACAAAUCAGACGUGAAUUCACAUUUUUUUUUAAAUGAAUCUGCAUUUUCUUUAUUCUGAGAGACUAUGAUGAGAUUAUAAACCAUGUCUUAGAGCAAAAUUUAGGGCAUAAUGAGCCUGCAUUGGCGGAAAAAUGACUACUUUCAGCGGUUGCUGGAGGAGGGUCCGGCCAGCCACUCCGCGAUGGAGUUGCUGGUGGACGACCUGCACCGUGAUAAACCGCACACCAUCGGGGCAUUUCUCGCUCACUACGGCUCGGAAGACUUCUUGUGGGGGAUGGUACGAAUGCUGGUAGCAGACAAUACAAGGGUUGCUGGAAAUGCUGCCUACAUCUUUGGUACCCUAGCCGAGAAUCAGGAAGGUCAGAUGAGGGUCAUGUCAAUCAUUAAUGGGUCACACCCACAAACCAUCUUGCCUGAUCUGACCAACAUGCUGGAUUACGACGACGAUGAAUCCGUCAUGAAUGCUGCAGGAACACUUGGAACAUUGGCGGAGAGUCAAGGUGGUCGUGAUUGGAUGAUCAAGGAGCAAUGUCUGGAUAUAACAAUCAGCCGAAUCACAGGUCUACUAAACAGUACUAAUAUGUGGACUGCAAGUAACGCAGCCCUGGUAUUAGCAAGAUUAUCAAUUGCUGAAGAAGGAUGUCAACACAUGCUAGAUCACAGCUUCUCCCAUCAGAUCCUGACUAAACUUAUUGAUUCAUUAGGAAUAGAUGAAGCAGGUCGAGGUAUGAAUGCAGCGUUUGCAUUGGGCCGGUUAUGUGACUUGGAGGCUGGACGAGCCAGACUACUGCAACACCCAGACUCCGAUAGAAUGGUAAGCAGACUUUGCCAUAUGCUCUCCAGCAAAGACUUUGGGUGCGGGAAGAACGCUUGCUACGCUAUCAGUUGCCUAGCAACCAGUCGUCAAGGUCAUGAUCGGUUGCUAAGUCACAGUACAUCAGAGGUCAUGUUGCAGAGGUUGGGGUCGCAGCUGAGUAACGAGGAUUCAGAAACGGCGUGGUUUGCAGCGAUGACAUUACGAACUUUAGCGAGUAAGAGAAAAGGCUGUUUGAGAUUGCGAGAUCAUCCCCAGGUUGUCCCUGCAUUACAGAUUGUGAAGCAUAAGGAUCUGCCUCAUCAAGAUCUUAAAGAGGAAGUUGAGUUAACGCUUGAACUCUUGAAGACGUUGGAUAAACCUGGGCCUCCAUCACUUCAGGUCAAAGGUCACACAGAAGUUCAAGCUGACUGGGAAGAGGUCACGUUGAAGAGUGGACUGGAGGUCACGUAUAGAUUGUUUAAUGAUUCCAAGCUCAUCUUUGAAGGUAAAUCCACCAGCCAUCUUGUAACACAUCUACGCGCUGAUACCCAAUACUCCUUCAGUCUCCAACUCAGUACAGAAGGAGACGAUAGUCCCAUCAGCGACUUUGCCAUAGCAACCACCGACGAAGCUCCGCCCGACCCACCAGAAGGCUUGAGGAUUCUCGCUGUUACAACCUCCCAGCUUAAACUAGGGUGGACACCCCCGGGUUUUAACAACGGCGCAUUGAAGGGGUAUGUUGUUUACAACGGUAAACAACAAGUAGAGACGACAACUGAAUUAAGUAGCAUUGUUAGUGGUCUGGCACCUGGAACAACCUAUGACCUUCAUGUAUGUGCAUUUAAUCAUAAAGGUAAAGGACCAAAAGCAACCAUUACAGCAACCACCACUGAACUUGGUAAACAUGCUCCAGGCAAACCCAGCUUAACCAACCGGGGUCGGAGUGAGAUUCAUGUCACGUGGGCACCUCCUGAGUUUCCCCUCGGUCGACUCCAUCGAUUUGAAUUAACGCAAAACGGAAAAGUCAUUUACUCAGGAACAGAUCUCAACUAUACGGCGCAUCGACUCACACCAAAUACUGAAUAUAAAUUUACUGUGAUUGCUGUGACAAGUGAAGGGAAGUGUGAAAGUGAUGCAGCCAAGAAGAAGACGCCCAAAGAUGAAUAUAAUGUGCAAUCAACAGCCCCCAUCUUCUUCUCUCACCCAGCGAGGGCAGCAGAGCAAGAAUCACCUGGAAAAACCAAAGAUAAGAGCUCUAAUCGGACACAAAGCAAGCUCAACAAUAAGCGGAUUUCAUCUGCAAUGAAGGAUCAGCCAUUCAAUAAAUCUUAUGUAUUCUGGCAGAGGCAUUUAAAACAUCCAGUAUCACCAACAUCAACUGAACCACCAAGUGUACGUUCUUCAUCGAGACCGUCAUCUGCUUUCAGUAAUGAGAGUUUCCAUUCCAAGAAGCAGAUGAGACGAAAAAGAUCUUCGAGCCUCCUGGACAAGAAGGCAAGUAAAGCUUCCUCCACAAUGGCGCCGUUGGCUGAAUGGCACGCAGGAAGACAACAAAAUGGCGGCUCAUCGUCUCAAUCAGAAGAUGAUGAAGAUACCGAGGAUGAGGAAGAAAGAUGGCCAGGAGCAGUAAGCCAAGACAUCCCCGGAAGAGGUGAUAACUACAAAACUUUCUACGACAAGAAACCAUCACAGAAAGAGUCUACGAGUACUUCAAAUACUUCAUCAAGGUUACACCGAAGUCAUUCAGAAAGCAAGAGGAAAAUAUCCCCUGAAAAUGGAAGUUCAAGGCAUAACAAAACUGAGAGAUCAAACUCGGACGAGGUCAGGUCUCAGGGCAAAGGUCAUAGUAGGUUGUCCCUAAAGGAGACAAAUUCGCUUAGUAAUCAUUCCGGAUUGGAACAACAAAAGCAAUCGAAGAAAUCUUCAAAACAUAAACGUUUAUCAUCUGGCCAUCAUAGUGAUGACGAAUCGGACCCUGCAACGUUCAAACUUGACAGGCUCUUACGGAGUCUGAAAAGCUCCACCAAGCACAAUGGUCCGUACAAUUCAGGACUCGCCCAACAACGAGCGUUGGGCCCGGGUAAAGACGCCUUACAUAGAGCGCCGACCAGCGUGACUUGGGAUCCGAGGCAAAGCUCCAGCUUGGGUCAAGGGUCACAUUUCCCAACCCAUGACUUGAAAUUGGAAGGGGUGACGUCGCCGAGAGAAAUGACUCCUCGAGAGAUUGCAACCUCGGGAAAGGAGUUCACCCUCUUAGCAAACGGACAAAUUGUUUUCCGCGACGCGAGAUCUGGAAGCGGGUCCUCGAAGAAAUCGUCGUCUACUGAAGCGGUGACGACAAAAACUGAAAAGAAAUCCACCAAAGAUAAAAAACGGUCCUUGUCCAAACCGUCCCAACCGGAUGUUUCCUUACAACCUAUUUACCAAGAUGAUAAGGGUCUUCCACCAGCUGAACAAUUCAUACCUGUCUUCCCCUGGGAAGGAGGUGAAGGGUCAAAGGUUAAUAAUGCUCCACCCGCUAGUUGGAUUACACAAACUAAGACCUCUCUUGCUGAUUCGGCAAUCCCCUUCCGCAGUGCCUUAGCGGAUCAUUCCUCUUUCUACCAGCGUGCUAACUCCAUCAUCAGUAGCCACAGACCAUCUCUCAAGAAGAACUUAGCCAAGCUAGCCAGUUACCCAGGAGCUUUCCAGUACGAGCCAGAGUUUCCGUCGAGUAAACCGGUCAUCGCCAACAGGUACCAGUUUAUCCCAACACAGUUCAGGACUCAGCCGACCAACCUACCGGGGCAACCACCAGUGCAACGAGGUACCACUAGCACUAACUUGUAUGACAAAAGUGCAUAUUCCAAGAAACUUGAUACCUUGGCUCAGAUGACAAUAGAGCGCAAGACAGGAGUUUUAUGUCAAGACUGUGGGCCUGAUGGCGAAGGAGAUGGAAGGACCACACCCAAACAAACAAUCGCAUUGAAAUAUUCACAUAGGAAUGAUAUAACUGUAUCGGUCGGUCGAGCCAAGACAAGUAACACAAUAUCUUCAACAACAGUGCCUGACAUCGUCAGCUGAGUAAACUUGGAAUAGAAUCUUCAAGAAGGUGGGGAAGCCAGGGGUUAUUCAUCAAAAAUUCACCAAGAGAUCUGGGCCCAAUUUCACAAAGCCUGUAAGCACAUAAACAUGCUAAGCACAUUAUAGAAUUGCCUAGCAGAAACAUUAUACCAGCCAAAAUUACAUUCAGUUUGAAACUGGUGCCUCACUCAUUUGUCACCAUUCUCCACUUACUGUACGAGCGCCAAACUUCUGCGCAAGUAAACGAAGAAUGCCUAGUUACAUGCACGCGCACAAGUAAACAUUCCCUGCUAACCCGUGAAACACGCUUGACGUAAGCCUAGAAUGUCCUGCUUCCGCAAGAGCCGAUUCUUUGCUGGCGGUAAUCAGAGCUAUGAAAUUGGUCCCAGUAAUACUUCACAUAAAGAUCACAUUAAUGAUUUUAUUACUUGAUAAAUGUUGCUUUAUUUUGAAAUUUGGCGUCUGAAGUACAAUCUGAAGUGAUAAUAUUUUGUACACAUACAUGUACAUGUAUUACGUCCACUUUAACUGUAUUAAUACAAAAUGUUUUAUUUUACAAAAACUAUCACAAUUAAAUUGCUUCCUAUUCAUUAGGUUUUAAAGAUACGUUUUUAACAAUAACAAUCAAUUAUUGUUACAAAACAAAUUGUAUAGAAAAUGAUUAGUAAUGAGAAAAUAAUGUUUGGAUAUUUUGGAACUUUCCGAGAAAAAUAUUUGAUUAAAUCAGAUUUGCUCUAGAUAUGUAACAUUUUGUACUUUUGCAUCUUGCAUCUAUACUACGGCUGGCUUUUACCUUACUAACGGUUCUUCUCAGAACCACCUCUAUUUUAAGUUGGGAAGGUAGUGCAUUCUGCCCUACCAGCUAGGCUCCUAGUGG